UUCAUUUGGAAUUCCGAAGCCCAUCCGAAAAUAGACCGACCUUAGUCGAUCACCCACAUAUUCUUUCACAUAUAGGAAUUUCUUGACAAUUUUUCUUCCUCUUAAAAAAUGUCAGGAAAAGAUAGACUUAACGUUUUCCCAUCUAGAAUGGCUUUGACCGUGAUGAAGGCACGACUCAAGGGAGCCCAGAAAGGACACAGUUUACUAAAGAAAAAAGCCGAUGCCUUAACUUUACGAUUCAGAAAGAUCUUAAAGAAGAUAAUAGAGACCAAACAUUUGAUGGGUGAAAUCAUGAAGGAAGCGACUUUUUCCCUAGCAGAAGCCAAUUUUGCUGCAGGAGAUUUCAGUACUGGUGUGUUGGAGAACGUUGACAAAGCUCAAACCAAGAUCAGAAUGAGGAAGGAUAAUGUAGCAGGUGUCCAGUUACCAAUUUUUGAAGCCCAUUCUGAUGGGACCAAUAGUUAUGAGUUGACAGGAUUAUCAAGAGGAGGUCAACAAGUGAGCAAAUGCCAGGAGGUGUAUGGAAAGGCUGUAAAGCUUCUUGUGGAGCUGGCAUCAUUGCAGACAGCAUUCAUAACUCUGGAUGAAGCCAUCAAGGUUACCAACCGUAGGGUGAAUGCUAUUGAGCAUGUCAUCAUUCCCAGAAUAGAAGCCACAAUCAGUUAUAUUCUUGGUGAAUUAGAUGAACGGGAAAGAGAAGAAUUUUACAGGUUGAAGAAAAUCCAGGAGAAAAAAAAGGCAAUAAAAGAGAAGGCAGAAAAAGCAAAAAUCGAAAAAGGAAUCCUUGAAGCAGAACAUGCACCAAAUAUGUUAGAUGAUAAUGAAGAUGAAGACUUAUUGUUUACCUAGUGAUUUCUGACUAUCCUAGAAAAUAGCAUUAGGGACCAUCAAAUAUUAAUUGAAGAUGCAUGGGCAACAAUUAAGGUGUCCCCCCCCCCCCCCCCCCCCCCCCUUAAAUUUUAGUUUCCCAAAUUUUCCAAGACCCCUGAAAAUGAACAAGUUUUCAAGUCGAAAUUUUCAAUCCCACUUUUUCACCCAUCCCCCCUCUAAUAAAUAUCUAAUGGUCUCUUUAUCUUUUACAUCACAAUUUUGAAAACUUAGGUUCAAUUGUAUUCUUUAUUAUGUAAGUAUACAUAAUAUGAUAUCAUUAUACAAAGAAAACAAUACUGAUGGUAGUAUUAGUGGUUUUUCUAGGGUAUGUGAAUCAUACAUCUAUAUUAAAUUAUAAAUUAAAUCAUAACUAAAGAUUUUUGUCAAGCAUUCAAUACUUGUACAGUUGUUACUAAAAACUUUGAAGGGGAAAAACUUGGGGAAUGUCUUUGGAAAUAUAAAAAUUAAAACUAUAGUCUAUUGAUUAAUAAUUCCUUGUCAAUAAAAUCAAGAAUUGCUUCAUUUCAUUUUUUUGUGUGAUUAAAUUUUAUGUGUUUUAA